UAAUGGUACUUACUCAGUUAUACAAAGGGAUGAACUAGCUAUCAACAAAUACAACAACAUGGAUAAAUCUUAAAUGUAUUUUGAUAAUUAAGGGAUUCAAGACCCAAAAAGGGUACAUACAAUACUGUUCUGUUUAUACAACAUUCUGGAAAAUAAAACUAGAGGAGAAGAAAGGUGAUUUUUGUUGUUGUUGUUUUUUUCUGUACUAGGGUUGGAACCCAGGGCCUCCCAUAGGCUAGUCAAGCACACUACCAACUAAACUACAGCUGUUAUCCCAAAGGAACUAUUUUUUGUGGUUACAUGCAUAUACAUUCAUCAAAACUCAUAGAAUAUAUCAAAAAGUGAAUUACACUAUAUAAAUUUUAAAAAUAAAUGUACAAAAAUUAACAGGCCCACAUGUUAAUAUAUGCUAAUGUGUAUUAAUAAAAUAUACAAGGAAUUCAAUAAAAAAUUCUCCAAGACCUUUGUGGUAGCAGAUCUAUAUUUUGAUUGUGUUGGUGGUCACAUAAAUCUCUACGGGAUAACAUAAUGAAGAACUAUACACACAUUACACCAAUGCCUAUUUCCCGCUUUUGAUAUUGUGCUACACCAAAGCUAAGAUGCAAGCAUUCAGGGAAAAUGAUUGAAGGAUAGAGGGAUCUCUGUGUAUACUUUUUGCAAAUUUCUGUUACUCUAUAAUUUCCUAAAGGUCUCUCUCAGCCAAACUUCCAGAGCCUAAUUCUGCACCCUGGAAGUAAAUGCUAUUACAUUUCUUAUGUAUUAGCUGCAUUUUAAAUCUAAUAUUUACAUAUAUGAAUAUAUUACAUAUAAAUUUAUUCAUACUCAACACAAACAGCAUAUUAUACACGUUGUUCUGCACCUUGCCAUUUUUACUAUUAUUUCAGAGACUUUUUCCUGCUGCACAGUACUCCAUUGCGCAGUGGCAUUAUACUUUUUUUUUCAAUUUUCUUGAUAGGCCUUCAGAUCUUAACACAUAACUGGACUUAAAUAAUUUGGAAAUAUUUAUAAUUUGUCAGCUGGAAUUGAGACCAAACACUAAAAGUUUUCACAAAUUCAAGCUCAGCCAAGGAAAGUGGCAGCAAAAGAGAAACGGAAAUUUCCUGGGCCAGUGGGGAAGUGGUGGGGCGAGCAGGGAAUUACUGCCCGGUCGGAGUUUGCUCAGGUGGGGCUGAUUUAUUGCUGGAGUAGGAGGCCAUGCUCCAAGCCAAGCUUGCCCUGGGAUACAGUUCAUAUAUACUGAAGUGUGUCCAAGGCUUUGCUCCGUGUGGUGGUGCUUGGCCCUCCCCAGCCUCGGGAGGGGACACCCCUCCCAGGCAGGUUCUGCCCCCCCCCCCCAGCGCAGCCUAAAGCCCACGCGCGCAGGGGAAGCACACGUGGCGAGCUGCCUGAGACCGGGUUCCCUGCUCCAGCUCCUCCUCUCGCUCUUGCUCCGCUCUCUGCAGUAUCACGUGCAGCCGCGCUGGGUGCAGGAUGGCGGCGGCGGUGGGUGUCAGGCUGAAGGACUGCUGCACCCAGGGCGCUGUGCUCCUGCUUUUCUUUUCUCUGUCUCCCCGGCCCCCGGCCGCCUCUGCCUGGCUGCUGGGUCUGAGGCCGGAAGACACUGCUGGAGGCCGCGUGUCCUUAGAGGGGGGCACCCUGCGCGCGGCCGAAGGCACCAGCUUCCUCUUACGCGUUUAUUUCCAGCCUGGGCCGGCGGCCCCCGCCACACCGGCGCCCGCACCUACCUUCUCCCCGAGGGAAAACAGCACCGGCGACUGGGCCCCGCGGCUAGUGUUUAUCGAGGAGCCCCCGGGCGGGAGCGGCGUGGCAACCAGCGCGCUCCCCACGCACGCCCCGGGACCUCAGCGCUGCCGCGAGCAGAGCGACUGGGCUUCCGACGUGGAGGUCCUGGGCCCCCUGCGCCCCGGGGGCGUGGCGGGCUCGGCGUUGGUGCAGGUGCGGGUGCGGGAGCUGCGCAAGGGCGAGGCGGAGCGCGGUGGGGCGGGCGGCGGCGGGAAGCUCUUCUCGCUGUGCGCCUGGGAUGGGCGAGCUUGGCACCACCACGGCGCCGCGGGCGGCUUCUUGCUGCGCGUCCGCCCUCGGCUCUACGGCUCGGGUGGGGACCUGCUGCCGCCCGCGUGGCUGCGGGCGCUCGGGGCGCUCCUGCUGCUGGCCCUGUCCGCCCUGUUCAGCGGCCUGCGCCUGAGCCUGCUCUCGCUGGACCCGGUGGAAUUACGGGUGCUGCGGAACAGUGGCUCGGCCGCCGAGCAGGAGCAGGCGCGCCGCGUGCAGGCCGUGCGCGGCAGGGGGACCCAUCUGCUUUGCACCCUGCUCCUGGGCCAAGCCGGAGCCAACGCUGCCCUGGCCGGUUGGUUGUGUGCCUCGCUGCCGCCAGGCUUCGGGGACCCCGGGGAGGACUACAGCGAGGCAGGGGUUCAUUUCCCGUGGCUUCCGGUGCUCCUAUGCAUGGGCGCCGUGUUCCUGGGAGCCGAGAUUUGCCCCUAUUCGGUGUGCUCACGGCACGGGCUGGUCAUCGCCUCACACAGUGUGUGCCUGACCCGGCUCCUCAUGGCAGCCGCCUUCCCGGUGUGCUACCCGCUGGGCCGCUUGCUGGACUGGGCGCUACGUCAGGAGAUCAGCACCUUCUACACGCGGGAGAAACUACUGGAGACACUACGGGCUGCAGAUCCCUAUAGCGACCUAGUGAAGGAAGAGCUGAACAUCAUCCAGGGCGCCCUGGAGCUGCGCACCAAGGUGGUGGAGGAGGUGUUGACCCCCCUCGGGGACUGCUUCAUGCUGCGUUCAGAUGCAGUGCUUGACUUUGCCACUGUCUCAGAGAUCCUUCGCAGCGGCUACACUCGCAUCCCGGUGUACGAGGGCGACCAGCGGCAUAACAUUGUGGACAUUCUGUUUGUCAAGGACUUGGCCUUUGUGGACCCUGACGACUGCACCCCACUCCUUACGGUCACCCGCUUCUACAACCGUCCUCUACACUGCGUCUUCAAUGAUACCCGGCUGGACACAGUGCUGGAGGAGUUUAAGAAGGGAAAAUCUCACCUGGCCAUUGUCCAGCGGGUGAAUAAUGAGGGAGAAGGAGACCCUUUCUAUGAAGUGAUGGGCAUUGUCACACUGGAAGACAUCAUAGAAGAAAUCAUCAAGUCAGAGAUCCUGGAUGAAACCGACCUCUACACUGACAAUCGGAAAAAACAAAGGGUCCCGCAUCGAGAGAGGAAACGACAUGACUUCUCCUUAUUUAAGCUUUCCGACUCAGAGAUCAAAGUGAAGAUCUCACCACAGCUUCUACUGGCCACACACCGCUUCAUGGCCACAGAAGUGGAGCCCUUCAAGUCUCUCUACCUUUCGGAAAAGAUUCUCCUCCGGCUCCUGAAACAUCCCAAAGUGAUCCAGGAGCUGAAGUUUGAUGAGAAGAACAAGAAGGCCCCAGAACACUACCUCUACCAGCGUAACCGACCUGUGGACUACUUUGUGCUGCUUCUACAGGGUAAAGUGGAGGUGGAGGUUGGUAAGGAAGGCCUUCGCUUCGAGAAUGGAGCCUUUACCUACUAUGGUGUCCCAGCCAUCAUGACCACUGCUUGCUCAGAUAAUGACGUGCGGAAGGUUGGAAGUCUGGCUGGAUCCUCCGUCUUUCUUCCUGUCUCUGUGUCGCGUACCUUCGCCUUCAGCAGAGGGGACUCUCUGGCAGGCUCCCCAGUAAACCGAUCCCCUUCUCGCUGCAGCGGGUUGAAUCGCUCUGAGUCUCCGAAUAGAGAGCGCAGUGACUUUGGUGGGAGCAACACCCAACUGUACAGCAGCAGCAACAACCUCUACACACCUGACUACUCAGUCCACAUCCUCAGUGAUGUGCAGUUUGUGAAGGUCACACGACAGCAAUACCAGAAUGCACUCACCGCCUGCCAUAUGGACAGCUCACCCCAGUCCCCUGACAUGGAGGCCUUCACUGAUGGUGACUCCACCAAGGCUCCCACAACUCGGGGCACACCCCAGACGCCCAAGGAUGAUGCUGCCCUCAUGCUGCUGAACAAUAGGACCAGCCUGCCAUGCAGAGAGGUGAUAUGGGCACUGUCCCACCCCCCAGGCAGCCAUUCAGAUGGUCUGAGAAGCCCUGCGGAGGUGUUAUAUCUGAGGAUGGAGGACAUAGCCUUCACCCAGGAAGAAAUGACCGACUUCAAGGAGCACAAGACACAGCAACUCUCAAGGUCCCCUGCGGCUGUUCCCACAACAGCAGCAUCAGAUAAUGAAUGUUGUAAUAUCACCCUGGACACAGAGACCAGUCCUUGCAGCAGUGACUUUGAGCAAUCCAUGGGCAAGAACCUGCUGAGAACCUUGAGUGGUCGAAAAAGGAAGAAGUCAGCAGAUGGAGAGAGAACCUCUGAAGAAAACUCCAAUUUAACACCUCUGAUCACAUGACAAGCAAAGACAGCAUUCACGAGUGUGUGAGAUCCAGGGCUUUGGGGAAGGAUCUGCCCUCCCAUCGUCUGCUUGCCCCCAAGGCCUCCCAUGGGUGACACAGCAUUCUGCCUUCCUUUCUACCUUUGCAACCCUAGCUGUCAGUUUGGCAGAUUUUCCCUUGUUGCCUCCAGUUUGACUCAGAACCCUGCCAUGGCCAUAACAGAAGAAGGUGCCUCUGACAGAAAUGCUAGAAAUGGCCUUGUCCUUAGCACAGUCUGAGACUAGAAAAGAGCUAACCCCAAGCUGACAAUACCACUCUGAGACCACUAUGUUCUUUGUUCUUUGGGAUCUUCUGUGUUAUAGGAGACCCAUGUCCUAGAAUUCACCAUUCUUUCCUCCAGAUAAAAAUGAUAACUUUGUACCAUAUUUUAUGCUUAGCUUAGUUCAGAAGGUGCCAACUGGCAGAUGGGCACAUAGCAGGCUGGAGUAACAGGUAUAAAGGUUAGUUCAGGGGGUGGACCAAGAAUUCCUCCAGAACCUUGGAGCAUGGGACUCAGCUGUGUUGGCCUGUGAUUGAUGUUACAGCACAGAAGACUGUCAGUGACUGGUUUCCUGUGAGAUAAGAGUUUCAGCAGCGUGGGGAAGUAUGCCUCAGCUGGAAUGAAAAGAAUGCGAGAUGGAACCUCAACUCAUUGAUUUUCCCAGGGACACAUCUGUUUUGGCUCCCAAUUCAUAGUCAUUAAUGGACCGAUAAAUCUGCUCUGGAAGAGGAGUAGGGAGCAAAGAGACCCAGUUGGGAGCCAAAGAUGGAACUUCAGGUUUUAAGUGCAUAUCAAAGAAAAAAAAACUUAAGCUGUGAAAGUGAGUUUAGCCAUGACAAACCAAAGAGUGCCCAGCUCUGCCAAAAAGGAUACAUGAGGACUUCAGUGUACAUUAUACAGGAAUGUUGAAGAAUCACCAUUAUUUUUCAUCUAUUUCCCUGACCUCUUACUCUACCCCAGCAGGUCAGCUAAGUGUACUUUAGUCCCAGAACUUACUGAUCGCUGGUUUUUCUCCGGCGUGUUGGGGCAGGUGCAAUUCUAAGAAUAACCACAAGAUGGCAGAACGACUGCACAUACAGUACAGCACCUACUUUGAGGAACUGUUCAGUUCUGAUCAGAAACCAUAGCAAGCCUUAGGGAAAAUUUGAAAGAGUGGUUUGUCUUCGGAAAACCUGUCUGCCUUUCUGAUCUGUCUCCCACGCUUUGGGUACCCUAUGGUCAGUACCCAGUGAUACAGUGGUGCCAGAUGAAUCUUCAAACCAUUUCCAAACUUUUCCCUGUGGUAUACAAUGCAAGUUUCCCUCCUCUUCCUUCAAAAGGCUAGCUCCCUCCCCUCACCCACUCAAUUAAUCACAUGGGGCAGGGGAGAGACUGAUAAUUCCUCUGGGUUAUUUGCAUCUCAAAGGAAAAUGCUUACCCAUAGGAACCUUUAACUCAGGGGUCCUUAACUUGGGGUCUAUCACCCCAGAAGGUCCAUAGUUGGACUUCAGAGGGUCUAUAAAACCCUUAAAGCUGUCUGAAUUUAGUGUAUGUUUUUGUGUGUGUUUUCCAGAGUUAAAGCUUUCCUAAGAUUCUUAAAGUUCUCUGACCCACAAAGGGUUAAAAUAACCACUAUUUUCAGUAAUGGAAAUUUCAGUCCAGUAUUUUUGCAAUGCAAGGUGAAUACUGGUCAUUUUGAGACAGAUUUUAAAUUCUAAGUGAUCUUCUCAAGUUUCUCCCAGUCAGUGGGGAAGGGUGGCACCCAUCAGAAGCAAGAGUCUUCAGAAAUUCUUGGCACACCUUUGAUAUUGUGCAUCCUGCCCAUCACAUAAUUUUGGCCCCCUGCCCCACCAAACCAGAACAGGUGUUGAAGACAGGAGGGCCACAGCAUGUGGGAGUAAAGACUUGGAGCUAGAGAUAUCUUUUUCAGUAAUGUAUUACUGACUUUGACACACCCCUUGCCUGGCCUGACCUGGCCUGAGGCGCAGCCAUGCAUGUGUUCUUGUAGAUAACCCUAUAGCUACCCCCUCCCCACAUGCUCUUCCCUGGUAGGAACAGUGUCAGCUUUCAGUGCUGAGCAUCUUGGACCCAGAAGAGUAAAUGGUGAGUUUUGAGCACAUAUUGCCAUCCUGCAGUCUCCUAGCCCAGCUGGCCAUUGACCCAAAAGGGCCUGCCUGGCAAGGCACCCUUUCAUUAUCCUUUAGGCCACCAGGCUCGGACCACUACUCUUGCAUUACAUCCACCCCUUUGCAAAACCCCUAAGGAGCCUGUCACCACUCCUCUUCCUAGCUCCCUAUCCACAGUUUCUUCAGGUUUAAACUAAAAGGCUUUUAAGAUAAAGCAUUUAUGAAGGGUCAGUUGUGAAUAAUUUUUAAAUAAAAUGAAAAUGCCUUUACUGGAA